AUGCCCCCCAAGGCUGCACCUGCAUCUGACGCCGGCACGGCCUCCAAGCCAACCGGAACGUGGGACAACGUCGACUUCCUUCGCGAGCUCCUCGUGGCGUUCUACCAGGCGGGAAACAACAGCUUCAACCCGCAGGUCAACAACGCGAUUGUCGAGUACUUGGCUGCUCAAGGCUACGAAACUUCGUGGAGCGCUAUCCGGUAG